AGAGCUGGCAGUGUUUAGGCGGCUGGCGGAGGGUGAGUGCUGUGCGUUGUCACCUUCUCAUGGACUGACUGCGGCACCAUGACCCAACAACCCAACGGGACUGUCAGCAAUGGCACCGGAGAGGCGAACAAGAGCCGAGACAAGGGCAGGAAAGAGGUCAAGAUAGUCAUAGUCGGGGAUGGAGGCUGCGGGAAGACUUCGCUGCUCAUGGUCUAUGCCAAGGGCUCCUUUCCUGAGCAAUAUGCCCCAUCUGUUUUUGAGAAAUAUACAGCCAGCAUCACUAUCGGAAACAAAGAAUUUAUUCUUCAUUUGUAUGAUACAGCAGGACAGGAAGAUUAUGACCGGCUGCGUCCUCUCUCCUAUCAAGAUGUUAAUUUGGUUUUAAUUUGUUAUGAUGUUACAAACCCUACCAGCUUUGACAAUGUUUUAAUAAAGUGGUAUCCUGAAGUACAUCACUUUUGUCGAGGGGUGCCUAUAGUGCUUAUUGGUUGUAAAACAGAUCUGCGUAUGGAUAAAGAAAGGCUACGGAAACUGAAAUCCUCUCAGCAAGACCCAAUCACAUAUUACCAGGGUGAAGCUACAUGCAAAAACAUCCAAGCUGAGGAAUACCUGGAAUGUUCAGCCAAAUUUCAGGAGAAUGUAGAUAAUGUCUUCAGGGAAGCCACACUCAUUGCACUGAAUGGCAUGAAGAAGGAACAGAAGAUGAAAAAGAAGCACAAGAGCUGCUUGCUUCUCUAAGACUGCACUGCCUUUCUACCUGCCACCUCCUGACUUCCCAGGACGGUCAUUUUAAAAGUACCUGGACUCCUUUUAUUGUAAAUACAUUUUUGUUUUAAUUAUUCUAUGGGUAUUUUAUAAUUCAAGCCCAGUCUGCUGUUGACUCAUUGUGAAACAUUUUACCUUGAAGACUAAGUAAAGUUUGCUGAAUAAGUUCAGGCAGUGGUUUCCUAUGCAGGGAGAUGGAUGUUGUCUUCACAUCUAUUCUUCUUGCCUGCUGGAAACC